AGCUGCAGGAUGAACUGCCGCUCUGAAGUGCUGGAGGUGUCGGUGGAAGGACGUCAGGUGGAAGAGGCUAUGCUGGCUGUACUGCACACAGUUCUCCUACACCGCAGCACGGGCAAGUUCCACUACAAGAAGGAGGGCACCUACUCCAUCGGCACUGUGGGCACGCAGGACGUUGACUGUGACUUCAUUGAUUUCACCUACGUGCGUGUUUCCUCCGACGAGCUUGACCGAGCCCUGCGCAAGGUGGUCGGGGAAUUCAAGGAUGCUUUGCGCAACUCUGGUGGCGAUGGGCUAGGGCAGAUGUCCUUGGAGUUCUACCAGAAGAAAAAGUCUCGCUGGCCUUUCUCAGACGAGUGCAUCCCAUGGGAAGUGUGGACAGUCAAGGUGCACGUGGUGGCCCUGGCCACAGAGCAGGAGCGUCAGAUAUGCCGGGAGAAGGUGGGUGAGAAACUGUGUGAGAAGAUCAUCAACAUUGUGGAGGUGAUGAACCGGCAUGAGUACCUGCCCAAGAUGCCCACGCAGUCGGAGGUGGACAAUGUGUUUGACACCGGCUUGCGGGACGUGCAGCCCUACCUCUACAAGAUCUCCUUCCAAAUCACUGACGCCCUGGGCACCUCAGUCACCACCACCAUGCGCAGGCUCAUCAAAGACACCCUUGCCCUCUAG